AUGGCGCCGGCUGGGCACGGGAGCGCCGCGGGUUCGCGCAGGGGCCGGGGCCGGAGCCGCCCACGGCGGCCCCCGACCUGGGAGAUUUCGGACUCGGACACCGAGGGCCCCGCCAGCGCGGAGGCCGCUGAGAAGGCCCGAGACCCGGCCGCGGAGCGCGGGGCGGCGGCCGAGCCGCGGCUCCUGGGGCCCGAGCAGGCCCUGAGGCGCCUCGCGGUGCUUGUGGACCCAGCCAUCCUGGAAGAUGCUGGUGCUGACGUCCUGAUGGAGGCCCUGGAGGCCCUGGGCUGCGAGCACCGCAUCGAGCCCCAGCGCCCCGCCCGGAGCCUCCAGUGGGGCAGAGUGAGGCCAGACCCCUGCCCCUGCAGCGCGCUUCCUCAGCUGUGGGCGGCAGAGGAGCAGGAACUGCUGUUGCUUCUGGAACCUCAGGAGUUUCUGCACGGAGUUGCCCAGCUGAUCCAGGGCUCCGGCCCAGCCUGCCCGCUGCCCUGGUUUCCUCCCGAGGUCCCCUCUCACCGCCACCUGGCUGUCAUCGGGCUGGACGCCUACCUGUGGUCUCGCCAGCCCAUCACCCGGGGGACGCAGCAGCUAGGGAGUCCAGAGGUGGCCCCUGCCGAGGGGACUGUCGGCUGGCCGGAGGUGGAGGAGGUGAGGGCCGGUCUGGGCUCGGCCCUGGUGCGCCUGCAGCUCUGGGCGAACGUGGACGUGCUGCUGGUGGCCUCCUGGCAGGAGCUGAGUCAGCACGUGUGCGCUGUCACCAAAGCCCUUGCCCAGCGCCCCUUCAAGCAGUCCCAGGAGUCCCAGGCCUUUUCCUUCUGCACGGCAGGGCGCUGGGCAGCGGGCAAGCCAGUGACGAGAGACGGCGCAGGGCUACGGAGGGCCUGGUGGAGGCAGAUCAGGCAGUUUAAUCGAGUCAGCCCGGCCGUGGCUGACGCUGUUGUCACUGCCUUCCCCUCCCCCCGCCUCCUGCAGCAGGCACUCGAGGCCUGCAGCACGGAGCAGGAGCGCAGGGGCCUCCUGGCGGACCUCCCUGUGAAGGCCAGUGACGGCGUGCGGCCCCGCAGGGUGGGCCCUGACCUCUCCCGCCGUGUGUACCUCUUUCUGACCACCACCAACCCCAACCUCCUGCUGGACCUGGGCUCCUGACCAGGCCUCCAGGACCCAG